GACACUGCACCGAAGGAGCCCUGCCUGGCUGGGGAGAGAGCGAGGGGGCGCCGGAGCCUGGACCCCUCUAAGCCCGUGCCGGAGGUGAGCCUCCGCCAGAGUACCAACGCCCGGACGCCUUGAGCCUUGAGCCCGCUGCUGCGGUCAAAUUCCGUCUGCAGAAGAGCCGCGGCAGAGAGGGGACCCCCCAACACCCCGACCUCCCGGCCCGGCCCUGCUGCCGGCUCUGCACCAGCCCACCUCCUCCACCCGUCUCAGCCAUGAGCCGGAGAGUCGUCCGGCAAAGCAAGUUCCGGCACGUGUUUGGCCAGGCCGGGAAAGCCGAGCAGACCUACGAGGACAUCCGAGUGUCCAAGGUCACAUGGGACAGCUCCUUCUGCGCUGUCAACCCCAAAUUUCUGGCCAUCAUCGUAGAGGCUGGAGGGGGCGGAGCCUUCAUCGUGCUGCCCUUGGCUAAGACAGGACGCGUGGACAAGAACCACCCAACAGUCAAUGGACACACAGCGCCCGUGCUGGACAUAGACUGGUGUCCCCACAAUGACAGCGUGAUUGCUAGUGCCUCUGAGGACACCACUAUCAUGGUAUGGCAGAUCCCAGACUACACCCCCGUCCGGAACAUCACAGAGCCCAUUGUCACGCUGGAAGGCCACUCCAAACGUGUGGGCAUCCUCUCCUGGCACCCCACAGCCCGGAACGUACUGCUCAGUGCAGGAGGGGACAAUGUUAUCAUCAUCUGGAAUGUGGGAACAGGGGAGAUGUUGUUAAGCCUGGAUGACAUGCACCCCGACGUCAUCCACAGCGUCUGCUGGAAUGCCAACGGGAGCCUGCUCAGUACCACCUGCAAAGACAAGACGCUAAGAGUCAUCGACCCCCGAAAGGGCCAGGUGGUGGCGGAGCGAGCCCGGCCUCACGAGGGUGCCCGUCCGAUGCGGGCCAUCUUCACCGCCAACGGGAAGCUGCUUAGCACCGGCUUCAGCAGGAUGAGUGAACGGCAGCUUGCACUGUGGGACCUGAACAACUUUGAGGAACCCAUGGCGCUCCAGGAGAUGGACACCAGCAAUGGGGUCCUGCUUCCCUUCUAUGACCCCGAUUCCAGCAUAGUCUAUCUGUGUGGCAAGGGGGACAGCAGUAUCCGGUACUUUGAGAUCACCGACGAACCCCCCUUUGUCCACUACCUGAACACCUUCAGCAGCAAGGAGCCGCAGCGAGGCAUGGGCUUCAUGCCCAAGAGGGGCCUGGAUGUCAGCAAGUGUGAAAUUGCCAGAUUCUACAAGCUGCAUGAAAGGAAGUGUGAGCCCGUCAUCAUGACUGUACCCCGAAAGUCAGACCUGUUCCAGGAUGACCUGUACCCUGACACGCCAGGCCCUGAGCCAGCCUUGGAGGCAGAUGAAUGGCUAGCAGGCCAGGAUGCGGACCCUGUGCUGAUCUCCCUGCGGGAUGGCUAUGUGCCCCCCAAGAGCAGAGAACUUCGGGUCACCAAGCGCAACAUCCUGGAUGUUCGGCCACCCGCUGGCCCGAGACGCAGCCAGUCAGCCAGCGAUACCUCCUUCUCGCAGCAGCAGCAGCAACAGACCCUGGAGGCAUUGCUUGAGGAAAUUAAGUCCCUCCGGGAGAGGGUUCAGGCUCAGGAAGAGAGAAUCACAGCCUUGGAGAACAUGCUUUGUGAAUUUGUCGAGGACACUGAUUAGCCUUGCCCCCCACCCCAGUCCCCAUCUCCUGCUCCCACCUCCCUUCCUCUAACCCCAGGAUGGGAGGUGAGAGCCUAGGUGGGAUUGGGGGGGCCGUGAACUCAAUCCAGGGGACUGCACCCCAUAGAGCGGAGGCUAAGGAGAGUAGAAUGCUUUCCCCAACUUUCAAAUGGGGAAUGGGGUGUGAAUCGUGGCCUUUUCCUUGAGGGGUUCACCUCUGAGAGAGGAAUUCAGCCCCUCUCAAUGGGACAUUCACCCCCAACCUUGUGUGUCCAGAGAGGGAGGGAGUAGGAAGGCAACACUCUAUACCCCCUCAGGAGUGGGGUUGAGGGACAUUGUUAGCAAUCAAUCAACAAGUAUUUAAUAAGCUCUUACUGUGUGUGAAGCAGAAAAGACAAAAAUGAAAUUAUCCCUGUCCUCAAACAGCUUACAUUCUUUUGGGGGAGACUUGGGAUCUGACCUGAGGACAAAGGAAGGACUGUGGGGGCCAGGAGUGUUGAGAGUGGAAUUUUUAGGCAAACUCUGGUGGUAGAGGCAGGGGAGGGGAAACGAGAAGAGAUCAGGACACACCUUUGGGGAAUGUGGUGGUUAGUGGGGAAUGGCCUCUUCUGCCCUCGUUUUUCCUUCCCUUCCCUUUCUCUCCCCAGCCACUACAGGGGUUAGAGGAGGCCUGAGGAGGUAGAGGUUUCACAUUAGCUGGGCUCUGAGGUAGGAGCUUGACUCCAACGGCAGUGUGGGAGAUCACAGAAAGCAGAGACUUCUACUUCAUCACUGAAGGGGUAAGGGGGGCGGGCUUUCUCCCUGGGCUGGGCAAGUGGGAAAAAACCCCACAGGAAAGGACAGAAGCCUGGAGGGACCUUCCAGGCCCCUCACCCAUGGCUGGGUGCCAUCCCCUCCUCCACCUCAGAUCUCACCACCCAUCUCCCCAACAGCACGUGGGCUCCUAUCCUGGUGUGUGAAGGCUGCCCCCCAACACACACACACCCUCACUUCACACUAUUCUAGGUGUGAAGGUAUGGCUUGGAAUGGAGCGGAUUGUCCACAUCCUCCCUUGCCCCUGUCUCUCCCUGCCCCCCAUCAUGGGCUCUGCUCUUUAAAAAGGAAAUUGUGGAGGAUUGAAAAAUUAAAUAUUUUA